AUGUAUUUUUUGUAUGUGCACUGGGGCGUGUCGAGAUAUGGCAACCCUGUGCUAGUGCUGGGCGGGCAGAGGUUUAGGCGAGCGGGGCCUAUGCGCACCGGCCGCGCCACUUGGCUCUGCAUUAAGUCCGACACGGGUUGCAAAUGUUUCGCGGUCACAGUGGACGGGAGUCUCGUCGCCACUGGCAACCGCCACAUCCACUACGUGAAGCAACGCGUUGCGGCGGCGCCAGAGCCGCCCCCCACCCUGGGCUUGCCGUUCCCGUUCCCGUGCUUCCCGGGACAGUUCCGCUACUGCCUGAGCAAGAGGGGCAAGCCCGCGAUCGAGGUGGGCGCGCACCGCUUCUGCUUCAACGGCCGCGCCGCCAGCGGCAAGGUCUGGUGGCGGUGCUCCAGGAACCCUCGCUGCCGGGCGGCGGUCCACACGUUCGGGCUGCGCGUGGUCCAAAUGAACAGCGCGCACACGUGCGGCGUACGCGCCACCCCACUGAGACCCAUGUUC